AUGACCUCGGUCGAAGUAGCAACGAAGAUGUUGGAAUAUUACCAAUUUUACCCACCACUGUUUCGUGGGGGUGAGGAGUCGGCCAUUCUGCAGUUCUCAAAGUACCAGAGUCUCGAACUCACUGGCAUAAGUCGACCUGUCUCUGAGGCUAUUGCUAUGGCGAAUGAGCACUUUCUGCACUGUGUGGCGGAGAAUCCGAUGCGGCCACGUGUUCUGCGCGUCUUUCUUGAACCUACGCCCUACAACCAACUCAACUACAUGGACUACUUCAAGGUGAGCUCAGCCUGA